CGUCAUUUUCCAGCCCUGUUUCCUCGGUGGUCCGCAUGCGACGCAUUUACUUUUCAUUCUCAUCGGAAAGCGCUCAUUAGAGUCUUUAGUUCCUAAGCGAGAGUAAGGUUCGUUGUUCUACAAUUGCAAGAUGUCCGAAGCAGCAAAGUCCCCAGCUAAGAAGAAGCCAACAGCGCCCAAAAAGCCUGCUGAUCAUCCACCUUACAUAGAGAUGAUCAAGGCUGCCAUUGUAGCACUGAAGGAGCGAAACGGUUCUUCCCGCCAAGCCAUCGAGAAAUACAUCAAAGCCAACUACAAGGUUGGUGAGGUCGGUCCUCACUUGAAGAUGGCUUUGAAGAGAGGCGCUGCCAGUGGAAAACUUCUACACACCAAGGGAGUUGGUGCUUCAGGCUCCUUCAAGGUGCCCAAGGAGGAAAAGAAGGAGAAGAAACCGAAGAAGAAGCCUGCUGCAAAGAAGAAGCCCGCCGCCAAACCAAAGAAGCCCGUCGCCAAGAAGGCAGCGAAGAAACCAGCGGCAAAGAAGGCCGCGAAGAAACCAGCGGCGAAAAAGCCAGCAGCAAAGAAACCCGCAGCUAAGAAACCAGCAGCAAAGAAACCUGCAGCUAAGAAACCGGCGGCUAAGAAGCCUGCAGCUAAAAAGUCCACCAAGAAAGUAGCGAAGAAACCAGCGGCGAAGAAGCCCGCCAAGAAACCAACUAAGAAGGUUUAAGGAGUGAGGCGCUCCUUCACCAAACAAAACGGCUCUUUUAGGAGCCACCACAUGAAAUAAAAGAGCAAUAAUCAACAGAGUACUCCUCCGAAAAAAGUAAUCCUUUCUUUGGAUUUCUAAAGCUGUAAACUUGUGCUGUGAAAGCUCUUGGUUCGUCCUGUCUCCUAUUCCUUACCCGUAAAAUACCUGUACGGUACAAAUUAUUACUCGGUGAAAUAAUCAGUUUCUAAAGAU